CGCCCUGUGCAUUUCUGCAGGGAAGGCAGCCCCGCCCCCUGUGCGCGCAGGCGCGGCCAGCCUGAGGUUCCCGCAGGCUCAGCAUUCAGUGACCACAGGCUGAUGAUUGUAGAUAUCACAGCCACAGUGGCUGUAGAAUUGAGCAGCUAGAUGAUAAGUUCUGUUCUGUGUGGCUUAGGCAAGGUGAUGGAUGGACGAGCAGAGAUGGAAGUGAUAAGAAGCACAAAAGGCAACGCGACAGGGGAAGUCAGUGUCCAUUUGGUUGCCAAUGAGAAUACUGUGCAAAAUGCCCACCUACCAGCAACUGCCUUCAUCAUACCAGCAAACACAACCACUGUAAACCUUCCAACAAGCACCUUAGAAAUCCAGCGAUUCCCCCGGGAACCCCAGAAAAGUGUGGGGUCUGAGAGGCAAAGAGAGGGCAUGGGAAGCGAGCCUAUCACAGCGACAGUCAUCCCCCAGAUCAGUGGAGUUCAGACCUGCAACACCAUCCGGGUUCUGGAAUGGAAAGAUGGGGUGGCCACUCUCCCUGGAAGCAACCUGAGGUUUCGGAUAAAUGAAUAUGGGACGCUGAAAGUGGUCAGUGCUGACAAGCUUUUGCCAGCGGAGCCCCUAAAGGAAUGCCACUCAGAAAGAGAUGGAGAGGAUGAGGCAGCAGCACCUCCCAGCAAGGAUAAUCCCACCAUAACUCAAGACUCGGAUGUCCCAGAGGCUCCCAAGCUGUCAACUGUGGACAGCCUGUGCCAUUGCAGCACCUGCGGCCGAAGAAACGUUUCGGGGUCGACCCAGGAAGGAAGAGGGUUUUGCAGUGAGAACUGUCACCGGCAAUUCAAAGAAAGGUCUGUCAUCGUGGAGAAUUCUGCUGGCAGCACCAACUCCACUGAAAUCCUCAAGCCAGUGAAGAAGAGGAAGAGGAAAGAUUACCAAAGCCCCUCCGAGGAGGAAGAGGAAGAAUCUGAGCAAAUGGAAGUGAAGCAAGAGGAGACAAAUGGCUCUGGAGGAGAACUUCCUGCUGGCAGCAUGGGGCAUGAAGAAUGGAACACAAGUCAGCCUGUUUCCAGCGAGGAGAAGACAGAAGGUUGGACCUGGGCAUCUUACCUUGAAGAACAGAAAGCCAUUGCUGCCCCUCUAAAUCUGUUCCAGGAACACCAGUCGACCCCCCAACACAAGAAUGGUUUCAAGGUGGGGAUGAAACUGGAGGGGAUCGAUCCCCAGCACCCUUCUAUGUACUUCAUUCUGACUGUGGCCGAGGUAUGUGGGUACAGGAUGCGCCUUCAUUUUGAUGGCUACUCUGAAUGCCAUGAUUUCUGGCUGAAUGCUGACUCCCCCAACAUUCAUCCUGCUGGCUGGUUUGAAAAAACAGGACACAAACUCCAGCCCCCAAAAGGGUGUCUAGGUUACAAGGAAGAAGAUUUCAACUGGGCCAACUAUCUGAGGAUAACCAAAGCUCAGGCUGCUCCAAAGCACCUCUUUUUCACUCCAGACAGUAACGCUGCUCCUACAGGGUUCCAAGUGGGUAUGAAGCUUGAAGCAGUGGACCGCAUGAAUCCUUCUUUGAUAUGCGUUGCCACAGUGACAGAUGUGGUGGACAAUCGCUUUUUGGUGCACUUUGACAACUGGGAUGACACAUAUGACUACUGGUGUGACCCCAGCAGUCCCUAUAUCCACCCGGUUGGUUGGUGUCAGGAACAUGGGAAGCCCCUCACUCCUCCACAAGACUACCCUGAUCCUGAGAACUUCAGCUGGGAAAAAUACUUGGCGGAAACAGGUGCUUCUGCGGUGCCAACUUGGGCCUUUAAGGUGAGGCAGCCCCAUGGCUUCCUGAUCAACAUGAGGUUGGAGGCAGUGGACCGAAGAACUCCCUCCCUGAUCCGAGCAUCCUGUGUGGAGGAUGUAGAAGACUACAGGGUAAAGAUCCAUUUUGAUGGCUGGAGCCAUGUCUACGAUUUCUGGAUAGACUCGGACCACCCAGACAUUCACCCAGUGGGGUGGUGCUCAAAAACUGGGCAUCCACUGCAGCCUCCUCUCAGGCCAAAGGAACCAGUCUCUUCUGCCAAUGGGAGCUGUCCAACGUUGGCCUGUAAGACCCUCCCUGCCACCAAGAGUUCCAAAUACAGCUUUCACAGGAAGUGUCCAACCCCCGGUUGCGAUGGCUCAGGUCAUGUGACCGGGAGAUUUACAGCACAUUACUGCAUCUCAGGGUGCCCCCUGGCAGAGAAGAACCAGGGAAGAAUGAAGGCAGAUCUCUCAGACACAGAAAACUCCGUCCGAAAAAGGAACUUGAUCGGCUUCUCUCAGCGGAAGAAAUCACGGCACCAUGGAAGGGGACGACCUCCGAAAUACCGGAAAAUCCAGCAGGAAGACUUCCAAACUAUUUCUCCAGACAAUAUGCACCAGUCUCUCUUUAUGUCAGCCUUGUCAGCGCACCCAGACCGUUCCCUCUCCCUCUGCUGGGAACAGCACUGUAAGCUCCUGCCUGGAGUGGCUGGGAUCACAGCAUCUACUGUAGCCAAGUGGACCAUUGAUGAGGUCUUCAGCUUCGUACAGACACUGACAGGUUGUGAGGACCAAGCGAAACUCUUCAAGGAUGAGAUGAUUGAUGGCGAGGCAUUCCUUCUGCUGACUCAGACUGACAUUGUGAAGAUCAUGAGCGUCAAACUUGGACCAGCGCUUAAAAUCUACAAUGCCAUCCUCAUGUUCAAAAAUGCUGAUGAUACCUUGAAGUGAACCACCCUUUGACAUUUCUCCCACGUGGGAGCUGCCAAACUCUCUGUCUCGGCAGAGUAGAGACCUUCCUGGCUGCUGCAGCUGUAAAAUCCUGCCAACUUGCUCUCUCUUUGAGUCUUCGUCUUUGUUUACAUGCCAAAUCCAUUCCCUGUCUGUCUUCCUCCAGCCAGCCUUUCCAAAUACUGCCCUGAUCCUGCCUAGCAGUGGAGCUCCAGCACUGACCUGCCCAAUCUCACAGACCCUAUUCUCCUGGUGGUUUUAAAGGCACACACAACAGGAAUUCGGAGAUUUGGUUUGCUAUUGGAUUUAACCUGCCUUGAAUUUAACUCACACAGCUGCCCCGGUUCUUACAUUAUAAAGCGUGCCUGGAUUCACAUGAAGCAGAAGAGGAAAAUAUCUACAAAUGGAUCACCGGCAUGAUCACCAAAUGGCAGCACGCACUGGGAAGCACCUCUGAUGUUUCAGGGCAAAAGUCAGUCUCUUUAAUAAUCAGGGAUUCGAUCAUGAACUUCACAAGGGGCAGAGUAUCUACAAUAUAUCCAGGGACUGGCUGAACCACUAAGUGUUUGUCCUUCCAAGA